UCAAAAUUUUACACUGCGCUCACAAGCACUAUCAAAACUUGAACUUUCUGCUUGACUUAACGACCAAAAAUGUCUCCAAGUAGAGUUUUGAACUGUACCGAUCUCUCAUGGUAAGGGAUUUGAUGCCGAUGCCAUUGAUCGAGCGAUGAAAAGGAGACGAAAUGAUCUCUAUCUUGAUGACUUGGGUUACCCAUCGUCUCUAUCAAUCUGUCCCGUUUGCGGUGCUUCAGUGUCGAAAGAAAACAUAGACCUACACGUACAGCAGCACUUUAGCCAUCCUCAGCCUUCAACGUCUACAGCAACCAGUCAUUGUGAUUUAGAGGUUCCUGGAUUUUCUGAUGCUGGAGACUUCAAGAUCUGUACUUUUGGUCACUGUCAGCAGAUCGUCUCAAGCACAGAGUGGGAUGAUCACCUCUUUGCACACAGCCUUGAGGAACAAGCUAACAUUUUAAACACAACAGCAACAGUGACCUCUACAACAACACACCUUGACGACAGCCUAUUGUCCCAGUUAGAUCACAGUCUACAUGGAAUCCAUAGCAACAGUCUCCAUAGUGAUGUAUCAACACAUACAUCACUAUUGACGUCAACAGAUCAGGGACUUUCACAAGAGCUAGAGCAACAAGAGAUGGAGCGGCUUGAAAAUCAGCCAUCACAGUGGAAUGAUCACUUGCUUGCGCAAGCACUGGAGAGUGAAGAUAGAAAAGAACUAGAGGAACAAAGGGUCAAAGAAGAAGAAGAAUUUAAGAAGCUGCAGGCUAUGUAUGGGAUGAAUUCAGUAGGUGGGUAUGUCAGUCAAUACAGUCGAAACUUAGAAAGAGAUGUGAACAGAGGCAAGACUUCUGUAGGUGACUACUACGCCAGAAAAGCUGAGAUGCUAAAAAUACUGAUGACUGACACAGACAGUGGAGAGUCCUGCACCAAAGGAAUCAUUCCUCAGCUUCACCAUCGUUACAAGGCAGGUGUAAGUGGGACAAAGCAGGCGUGGUCAUCAUGUGACACUGAUCACUAUGCUAGUACCGUUGGCGAUGCAGGAUGGGGGUGUGGCUAUAGAAACCUUCAGAUGUUGAUCUCCUCUCUCCUUAGAAUUGACAUCUACAGGCCUAUGUUGUUCACUAGUAAGUCAAAAUAGGAACAAGCUCUUUGGUAUACUAGCUGCCUUUUAGAAUUGACAUCUACAGGCCUAUGUUGUACACUAGUAAGUCAAAAUAGGAACAAGCUCUUUGGUAUACUAGCUGCCUUUUAGAAUUGACAUCUACAGGCCUAUGUUGUACACUAGUAAGUCAAAAUAGGAACAAGCUCUUUGGUAUACUAGCUGCCUUUUAGAAUUGACAUCUAUAGGCCUAUGUUGUACACUAGUAAGUUAAAAUGAGAACAAGCUCUUUGGUAUACUAGCUGCCUUUUAGAAUUGACAUCUACAGGCCUAU